AUGGCGUUAAAUGAAGAAACGGACGUGAAGAUUGACGACCAUCCCCACAUAAUGGACAGCUCGGGAGAGUCUCAGAUACAGAAGAUGUUUUCUGGCUCGACGAUAUUCUUGACUGGGGGUACAGGAUUUCUUGGAAAACUGAUGAUUGAAAAGCUUUUAAGAUCCUGUCCUAAUAUUAAAAAGCUAUAUCUAUUAACGAGAGCGAAGAAAAAUAAAAAUGCUAUGGAAAGAUUGCAAGAGCAGUUUGAAGAUUUGCUGUAUGAUAAGUUAAGAAAAGAAAACCCAGAUUUUAUGCAAAAAAUCGGUAUUAUUGAAGGUGACAUGUGUCAAAUUAAUCUGGGCAUGAGUGAUGCAGACCGAGGCAAGCUUAUACAAAAGGCAAGUAUAAUUAACUGUCUCGUUGGUCUGUCGGCAUGCACGGCUGCAGAUGCGGAAGUUUUAGAUUCGAGUACCGGGUCGGGCCAAGUCGAGUUUAUUUUCCACGGCGCCGCUACAGUUCGCUUAGAUGAAGCGUUAAAGACAGCUGUGGAGAUCAACGUGCGAGGGACGAGGGAGGUGCUACAGCUGGCACGUGCAUGCACCAAGCUACGUGCACUUGUCCAUAUUUCUACCGCUUACAGUAACUGCCGCUUAAGUGAGAUCGACGAGAAGUUUUACGACUGCAACCGCUCUGGAGAGAAGCUCAUUAACCUGGUUGAGAAUAUAGAUGAGAAUACUUUAAAGAAGGUGACGUUUGGAUUGAUAGGUGAUUACCCGAACACAUACGUUUAUUCGAAAUCGGCAGCGGAAGACAUCAUCCAGAAAUAUUCUCAAGGACUCCCGGUUGCCAUAAUUAGACCUUCCGUAGUGAUAUCGACGGCGCAUGAACCUGUGCCAGGAUGGAUCGACAAUGUAUAUGGGCCUACCGGUGUGGUGUUAGGAGCAGGUGUCGGCCUCAUACGCGUGCUGCAAGGCAACCCACAAGUUACAGCAGAUUUGGUGCCAGGGGACUACGUAAUAAAUGGAGUAAUAGCAGCGGCCUGGAAGACCGCCAAAGACUAUCCUGGAAAUUAUAAACAUUCUCCAGUUGGUAGUUCGCCUAUUGUAUACAAUUAUGUGUCUUCGGAGCAAAAUCGUAUUACUUGGGGCAAGUUCAUGAAUUCUGUAGAAGUAUAUGGAUACCAAAUGGUGUUCAUGCAAAGCAAGUGGAAGUACAUGUUCCGUUUUACGUCUUCAAAAUUCCUAUACAACUUUUACUGCGUAUUACUACAUUGGAUUCCAGCUUACAUAAUAGAUACCAUCGCUAUUACGAUUAUGAAAAAGCCUAUG